UGAAAUUAACAUUCAAAUCGUUAGUCGCAGGACAGCGACUUUGAGCUAUAGGAGUAGAAAAUUGGAUUCUGUUUGAGCUUCGGAAAACACGGUAAAAUUGCAUCCACCGGAGAGACGACCACAGGACGGAGAGAUGGCUCAUGUAUUGAGGCCGCUAAUACAGCUGCAGCGGUGGCACCACCAUUGCUCCGCCGGCGCUGUAUUUUAUCGUAUCCUAAACCACCACUUCCGUUCACCACGUUCAUCCAACGAGCUUCUGUUCUUCACAGUCUUUCCCUCUAUAAAUCACCGCGUGCAUUUCCGCUCACGCGCUCUUAAACAGCGUGAUUUUCCUUCGCCGUCCGGUUCAAAUGAUAGCGGUAGCGAUAGCGAUAGCGACUCCUCCGAAAUAAUGAAGAAGAGCCGUAAUGAGAAGAAGCGCGAGGCUCGCCGCGCCGUCCGCUGGGGCAUGGAAUUGGCCAGUUUCUCUCCUCUUCAAAUCAAACGCAUUCUCAGGGUGGCGUCGCUUGAACAAGAGGUUUUUGAUGCUCUCAUGCUAGUAAAGAGACUAGGUCGUGAUGUUCGAGAAGGGAAGCGAAGGCAAUUCAAUUAUAUAGGAAGAUUGCUUCGAGAUGUGGAGCCUGAAUUAAUGGAUGGUUUGAUUCAGGCCACAAAAGAUGGUGACCAGAGUAAGUUUCAGGAAUUAUGUGGUUCAGAGACACCGGAAACCAAUGAAGAAGAUGAACAACAACAAGAAAAAAUUGAAUCUGAGAAUGAUGACGAGGAUUCUGAGUACAAUGUUGAUAUAGCAAUUAGAUGGUUCGAGGGUCUGGUUAACAAGGACAUAGGCAUUACCAAUGAAAUUUAUUCACUUCAGGGGGUUGAGUUUGAUCGUCAGGAACUACGGAAACUGUUACGUAAAGUACAUUCUACGCAAGAGCAAGAGGGUCGGGUCAGUUCAGAGGGAAAUGGUAAACCAGAUGCUACAGUUGUAAGUGCUAGAAGAUCCCUCGACCAUUUUCUUCGGGGCCUUGUGAAGCAGCUUCCUGUUUGAAUAAAUAUCGAUUUCACUUUUGGAUGCUUAUAUUCCACACCAUGGGCCCAGGGAAGAAACUUGAGCACAAAGUCUACAAAGUUAGAUGCUGCUUUUGCCAUGUCUUGGGUUUGUUGCAUUUCUAAGGUUAUAGUUUGAGAGCUCAUGUCCGGAGCGUCAGUGUUAUUGACUCUCUUUUGAUAUUUCAGAACAUGUGUUCUAUUCUUUGCAGGUUUGUCUUAUAAUUACAUGUUUAUCAAAUAUUGAGUGAAAAUUCUCGAAAUGCCUUGGGACAUGGUUUGACGAGUCAUAUAUAUACGGGAAUGAUGUACUGAGCACCAGUGCUUUUAAGUA